AUGGAAGCUAUUUGCCUCGUUGUCCUCUGUCUCUCCUACCUACUAUUGCUCCAGAAGAGGAGAGGCAAACUUCCCCCGGGCCCUCGACCUCUGCCCCUGCUGGGCAAUCUCCACCAACUGGACACCAAAGACCUGGUCAAGUCCCUGGAGGCCUUGAGUAAGAAGUACGGUCCGGUCUUCACCGUCUACCUAGGACGGAAACCCAACGUGAUUCUCUACGGGUACCGGGCGGUGAGAGAGGCUCUGGUGGAGCAGGCGGAUAACUUCAGCGGGAGAGGAGACUUCGCGGCCGUUCACUCCUUCACCAAAGGGAACGGAAUCGCCUUCUCCAACGGAGAGAAAUGGAAGGUCCUUCGACGCUUUGCUCUCGCCACCUUGAGGAAUUUUGGGAUGGGUAAGAGGAGCGUCGAGGAGCGAAUCCAGGAAGAGGCCCAGUUUUUGUUGGAAGAGAUCGGGAAAACCAAGCAGACUCCAUUCGAUCCCACCCUCUACCUGAGCCGCGCCGUCUCCAACGUCAUCUGCAACAUCGUCUUCGGAAACCGCUUUGAUUAUAAAGACGAGAAAUUCCUGAGCCUUCUCGGGUUACUCAACGACAACUUCCGCCUGAUCAGCUCCGGCUGGGGAACGUUCUAUAACAUUUAUCCGGGGCUCAUGAGGCUUCUGCCCGGACCCCACAAUCGCAUUUUCCGGAACUUCGAGAAGAUGAAGCGCAGCAUUCAGGAGAUGGUGAGGCGUCACGAGGAGACCUUCCAGGAGGACUGUCCCCGGGACCUCGUAGACUGCUUUCUGGCCAUGAUGCACAAGGAGAAAGGGAACCCGGCGAGCAGCUUCACCGCGGACACCCUGGCCAUGACCACGCUCAACCUGUUCUUUGGAGGAACCGAGACGGUCAGCACCACCCUGAGAUACGGACUCCUGAUCCUCAUGAAGUAUCCGGGUGUUACCGAGAGAGUCCACGAGGAAAUAGACAAAGUGAUCGGAAGGAACCGCCGCCCGGCGGCAGAGGAUCGGAGCAGGAUGCCGUACACCGACGCCGUGAUCCACGAAAUCCAGCGUUUCACCAACGUCAUCCCUCUGAGCCUCCCGCACCGCGUCGUCGAGGACACCUGCUUCAGGGGUUACCAGCUCCCCAAGGGCACGGGGGUGAUUCCGGUGCUGACCUCGGUCCACUCCGACCCGACCAAGUAUGAGGAGCCGCAGAGGUUCAGUCCACAGAACUUUCUGGAUGAGAAUAACCGCUUCAAGGCUAAUGACGCCUUCAUGCCCUUCUCUGCAGGGCGGCGGAUCUGUCUGGGCGAGGGUUUGGCUCGGAUGGAACUUUUCAUUUUUUUCACCACCAUCCUUCAAAACUUUGAUCUGCAGCCCACGACACCCCCCGAUCUCAUCGACCUCACCCCAUCCAUCAGCGGGGUGGGAAACCUACCCCCCGCGUACCAGCUCCGCAUCGUUCCUCGAUAA